AGCUAGUGGCCGAAGCGGACUCAGGUACUCAGGCUCAGUCGGAGCCGAUGCCCGCAGUGCGCAUCUGGGAGGAGGGGAGAGAACUCGACGCCCUUCUCUGCUCACGGAUUUUAAGCGGGCGCGAUCAUGGCCGGGCGUGUGAAGAAAAUCGGAGACUUCACCUUCAAGAGCGUCUCCGGGCCGGCCGCCGAGGUCCUCCGCCGGACGCUGUGCAUGUACGUGAAGGACUACGUGGAGGUCCAUCCCAGCGGCGCUGUCUUCCCUAACUACCUCGAGGACUGGUGCCUCAAGUACCACGAGUUCCCCGUCCAGAAGGAUGACGUUUGGGUCGUGACGUACCCCAAGGCAGGGACGACGUGGACGCAGGAGCUGGUGUGGUGCCUCAUGUUCGACAUGGACUCCGAAGAGGCCAAACUCGAGCUGAUGAAGCGGUUCCCAUUCUUCGAGUUCGACAGCCUUGUGGACAGCAGCCUUGAGGUCCCGGGGAUGCGGGCGGACGACCCCAUGAAGCCGGGGAACACCUGGAAAAUCCUGCAGACGCUCAAGUCUCCCAGGGCGAUCAAAAGCCACCUGCCGGUUGCGCUUCUGCCCAAGCAGCUGUGGACCGCCCACCCGAAGAUCAUCUACGUGUGUCGUGACCCGCGGGACGUGUGCGUGUCCUACUACUUCCACUGCAUCAAGCUGGAGGGAUACACGGGGAACUUCGACGACUUCGUGAAAAUCUUCUUGGGGGACAUGAUAACUUAUUCUCCUAUCUGGCCGCACAUCCUUGACUUCUGGAGGAGGAGACACCAGAGUAACAUCCUUUUCAUACGUUUUGAGGAUAUGAAGGAGGACCUGCCGGCCGUGGUGAGGAAGGUGGCCAAGUUCCUGGGGAAGGCGGUGACGGAGGAGGAGGUCGAGAGGCUGGCCGACCACUGCUCCUUCGGCAGCAUGAGCAAGAACCCGGCGGCCAACAACGAGACCUUUAUGGAGGCGCCGACGGAGGCAGCCAAAGGCAUCAAGUUCAUGAGGAAGGGAGUGGUGGGCGACUGGAAGAACCACCUGACGCGGGAGCAGCAGAAGGCCUUCAAGGCGUGGACCAUGAAGUACUUGGAAGGCUCCGACUUCCCCUUCUAUCGUGACUACGAUGAUGUCUAGUCCCCAGCGGCCGGGCCCUUGCGCAGGAUCCUGGUUCUCGGCGUUCCUGAGGACUUCCAUGUUCUUCCCGGAAAGGGAGCUGAGUCAGACCCUCCUUUCAGGGGGAUUUCUAAAAGGUGUAAACUCCCUGGAAUUGCUCUUGUCGUUGUAGUGUUUGUGUGGGAGCUCUUGGGUUUUCUUGAACACAUUGCUAAGUCCAUGACAUCAAAAAGCAUGUAAAGAUAAUAAAUUAGCAAUGAAU